AAAGGCGCAUGCGCGGGACUCCCGGUGGGCGACCAGGUUCACUUACUGGGCAAAAACGCGUGGGACGUCGGGGUCCUUUCGGGGCUCCUUUGUGAAGCCAGUUGGGUGACGAGAGGCUCAGGGAGACAUUUGUGUGGUUCUUCUACGUUCCUUUGUGGCCUUUCGAUUUCUAACUAGUUUAAUGUGUCUGCUGCUAAUUUGAAAAGAAAAUGGAUGCAGAUACUUCCGUUGACGUAUUUUCUAAAGCCCUGGAAGCUCAGAUGCUUCAGACAGCUAACAUUGUAGAAGAACAGCUUGAUGCUGAAAUGCAAAAAAUGGACCAAAUGGAUGAAGAUGAACUGGAACGUCUCAAACAAAAAAGGCUUGAAGCACUCAAGAAAGGUCAGCAACAAAAACAGGAAUGGCUUUCAAAAGGACAUGGAGAAUACCGAGAAAUCCCCAGUGAGCGAGAAUUUUUUCAAGAAGUGAAAGGGAGCAAAAAUGUGGUCUGUCAUUUUUAUAGAGAUACAACCUUGAGAUGCUUAAUAUUAGAUAAGCACUUAACAAUACUUGCAAAAAAGCAUAUUGAGACUAAGUUUAUCAAGUUAAAUGCUGAAAAAUCACCAUUUCUUUGUGAGAGACUUCACAUCAAGAUAAUUCCCACAUUAGCACUAGUAAAAGAUGGAAAAACUCAAGAUUAUGUGGUUGGAUUUACUGAUCUUGGCAACACAGAUGAGUUCACCACAGAGACUUUAGAAUGGAGAUUGGGUUACUCAGAUAUCAUCAACUACAGUGGCAACUUAAUGGAGCCGCCUUUCCAAAGCCAAAAGAAGUUUGGAACCUCUUUCACAAAAUUGGAUAAGAAAACAAUCAGAGGAAAGAAAUAUGAUUCAGAUUCUGAUGAUGAUUAGAAUUCAUGAUACAAAUAUUUGUAAACCAUUUUUCUUUUAUGUUUGAUACAUUUUUAGGAAUGUUUUAUACAGUUGUUUGCUUUCAGAACAUUUGCACAUCACACUCAUUUUCUAACAGUUUUAUAGAGCUCAUGAAAGGAAAUCUUCCUCUUAGAAAAUAAUUUCUUCAUAAAGAAAUUUGAACCCUUUUGAACUAUGUAAUAUGAGAGGUGACUUUCAAUAUUUUAUUAAUUUAACAAUAGCUCUCUUAACUUGCAUCUUAAAAUUUAUACCAUUUAUCAUUAAGGUAUUAAUGAAGGACUUCUGUCAAGAAUUGUUAUUUAAACUAUUCUUGAAGUAGUGCAUUAAUAAAAGUCAUUCUAAUAAUACCAUGAGUGUGACUUUGCGUACUCUUAACUUCAUUGCACUACAUAUUAUAAAAUUCCUGUAGUUUUUCUUUAAGUCUGCCAGCUGUGUACACUGCAUGUUAGAGCUGAAUUAGCAAUAAAUAUUACAUGACAAAUAUACUGAACUAAAAUUCCAAGGCUUGAAGGACAGCUUAUAUUUUUUAAAACAAAGGAAAAACAGGAAAAAUUGAAAUUUUUAAACUGAUACAAAUACAAUUUAAUACAAUAUCUUGCACUGUUGUUCUUCAGUAAUAUAUAUAUUUCCUGGUUCAUCUUUUUGAAAUAUUAACAAUCCUGUAGGUAAAUAUUAAUAGCCUGGUAGGUAAAAGAAUAUUUUCCUAUAUAUCACAUGUAAAUGUCCUCCACCUGCAAAUUAUUACAUUUUAUCUCAUCUUAGAAGAAAAAUUAAAUCUCACAGGAACUUAAAAAGCACAGACUAAAGCAAGUAUGGGAACUUUCCAUUCAAUUGGCAGCCAAUCAAAUAACAGUCACUGUUGGGCACAAGAUUACUGCAACUAUCUUCCCAAGAGGAAAGAAAAUGAGAUUUAAGUUUCUUUAUAUUUUCUUCUAUGAAAGAUAAAGACAUUUUGUAGGUGAGGGGCAAAUGGAGGUAAUAUACAAGCCACAAGUAAAAUCAUGCCACAGUUUUGGAAUCACAUUUAAGCUUUAGUUUGCUUUCUUCAAAUGUUGGAUGGAAACCAUGGAUUUCUCAAAUCACAGAAAUAAAGCAUAAGUUCAUGAGGAUAGCCACAGGGCAGGGAUACAGUAGGAGAGAAAUAACUAAAACAUGGCUUUCAGCUAGGAAGACAGGUUUGAAUGUGAGUCACCUGGAUGGGUAUAGUUUAUAGUAAGGGCAUCUGACUCUCAUUUUAUAACAUAGUUUCCAGAAUAGUUAUAAAACUUAACUGGCUUAAAAGGUUGAUAUUAAUCCUUAAUAAUGUUGGUUUUGUAGUGUUCAAUUACAUUACAUUAAAAUAGUACUCCAAGUACUAUAAUCUUAAAAUGUUUUAUGCCUCCUUAGAAAUUACUUCAUUUUUCUCAAUUUGCUCUUUUUAUAAUUAUGGAUGAGGCUUAUUACAACAAAAAAGUAAAAGAGGCAUGGCUUGGAAUAUUAACCUGGUAGGUUAAAUACAUCUAUU